GGAGAAGGAUGACGGCGACUUUUAUUGUGAAGUAUGAAGACGGAAGAAGAGUCGAAAACUAAUUUAAUUUAUUUUCAUUUUGGAGUUUACAGUGCUAAUUAAACAGAAAACCUGCUUUCGUAGCAUAUGAUCUGCGUUUUUGUUUUUGUCUGUUAGUGUCAUUUUAAAAUGAAGCUGCUUUUGGGUGGUUUUAUUGCGAUAGACUGACGUUUGCUGGAGAUGGCAGCAGACUGUUUAAAACCAAACAAACCUUUAUUUUGAUGUGUUCGUGUAUGUAUACUGUCUGUGCGUGUGAUGGACAACCUGCGAGGACGUUUUAAAUUCAACAAUAAAAAUGACGAUGUGAAGCUAAGGAAAAGAAAGUCUCUGCUGUAUGCUAAAGAUGAAGGAUCUCUGGACACAGGUGUGCUGAGCGUGGCUCUGUUUUCUGGUGCUUUCAGACUCAUGAACUGUUUCCUGGUUCGGAGCAGUUUUGUGCCUGAUGAGUACUGGCAGUCUCUGGAGGUCUCACAUCACAUGGUCUUCAACUAUGGGUAUCUGACCUGGGAAUGGAAGGCAGGAAUAAGAGGAUUCUCAUAUCCACUUUUCUUUGCACUGAUUUACAAGAUAUUGCACUACGUAAAUUAUGACUCUGUUCACCUUUUGAUAUGGAUCCCACGAAUCAUUCAAGCGCUCCUCGCUGCAUUCGCUGAUGUUAAAUUCUUCUUCCUUAUCCAGUCACUGGAAAAUCUUGAUGUUGCAAAAUGGGCAUUUUUCUGUCAGCUGUGCUCCUGGUUUACGUGGUACUGUUGCACCAGGACUCUGACCAACAGCAUGGAGACCACGCUUGCUUCUCUGGCUCUUUAUUACUUUCCUCUGCAAGGCUCCAAAACACACAGCAGUAUGAAGUAUUUGAUACUGGUUGCCUUGGCAAUAAUAGUUCGUCCGACAGCCAUGAUUGUGUGGUUGCCUCUGUUGGUGCACCAUUUCUGGCAGGAAGAUGAUAAACUGAGACUCAUCACUCAUUACUACAUUCCAAUAGGGGCUUUGACUGUUGUGACUUCAACGGUAAUUGAUUGCAUGUUCUAUGAAAAGUGGAUCCUGGUGCAAUUCAACUUCCUCAAGUUUAACAUCUUACAAGGUGUGGCUGAUUUCUAUGGCUCCCAUCCCUGGCACUGGUACAUCAGCCAGGGGUUUGUGGUUGUGAUUGGUCCUCAUCUUCCAUUCUUCCUUCAUGGGUGCACCAUCGCUUCUAAAAGAUACAAGGUUCUGCUGGUGGCAGUGAUCUGGACAAUCAUGAUUUACAGCUUGCUUCCUCACAAAGAGUUCCGAUUCAUUUAUCCUGUGCUGCCAUUUUGUAUGGUCUUUUGUGGGAUAUCUUUGGCAUCUCUGAAAGCAUGGCAGCGAGCUGCUGCUUUCAGCUUGUUGGUGACCAAUUUGGUUCCAGCCCUGUACACAGGUUUGGUACACCAGCGCGGCACGCUCGACGCCAUGAGCCACCUUCAGAAACUGUGCAACAUCAGCACUGUCGCAAACCAUCCACACCCAGAUGUCCUCUUCCUUAUGCCCUGCCACUCAACACCCUUCUACAGCCACAUCCACUGCCCACUAAAGAUGAGGUUCCUGGAGUGUCCUCCUGAUCUUGAAGAGGCUUACACUGACGAAGCUCUGAGAUUCUACAACGACCCUCUUCGCUGGCUCAGGGAAUCAUUCCCACCUGAGUCCUCUCUGCCAUCUCACCUAGUUUUGUUUGAUGUUUUAGAAAAGGAGAUUUCAUGGUUUGUACAUCAGAAUAAGUAUGUGAGGACAGCAGAGAUAUUUCAUACUCAUUUUCCUGAGGGAAGAGUUGGAGGAAGCAUCUUUAUUUAUGAAAGGCACUGAAACAAUUACAACUUUGACUCCUGAUGAAGUAUUAUGUGAUGACAAAAAUUUGGUAGUGACACUGAAAGUUUGAACUCCAGCUUCCAGUUAAAACAGCUUUUAGGUGGAAUGUUCCAAAAUAGUAUUUUCCAAUGAAAUCAAACAGCUACCAGAUCACACACACAACUUGUAGCAGCAAAUUAAACAACUGUCUGUACAAUGAAGAAAUUAAAUGUAAUCUUUUACUUUUUGUGAGACAUUGCACAUUGUUUUUCCAUAAAACCUUUUCCUGUCAGUCUGUACAUGUUACAAACACUCCUCUUCAUCAGGAGCCAUAUUCUCAAAUCACCACUAGAGGCUUCGUAAAUGAUACAAGCAGCUGUUGAAGCUUUUUUUUUUUUUU